CGUCAUCUCCCGGCGGACACCAUUAUGCCGUUCUGCAUCUGAUGUAAACUGAAUUAAGCUGAGGGAAAGCAUGCAAAAAGGCAAAGGAGCUGCAGCAGGACAGAGGAUGAUUUUUACAGGUCCAGAUGGCAUCGGCGACUAUCGGCCGAGGCGCUGCGUUUCCCCGCAGCAGCAGGUGGGGGCGGGCCCCUCGUCCCCGGAGACCACCGGCGGCGGCCUGUCGUACCUGUGGAGGGCGGGGCCUCACGCGCCCCCGCCUUUGCCCAAGCGGGCCCGUGUGGGCGAGGUGGGCUGGUGCUGGCAGCACAGCGCCGCGUUGAACGCCGCCACGCUGCGCAGCGGCAUGCAAAUUAGGAAAAGCGUCGUACGAAUGGAAGUGGAGAACCGAGCGAGCCACAGGUUCCUGCAGAAAGCUGAAUCGGAAUUCAUUCGAAAUGACGAGCUUGUGCCAGCGGAGCUUUAAAGUCACACGAGAUGCCUCCCAAUUGGAUUUAUCUUGAGUCUAUUUUCAAAAGAGAGAAGAUGGCUGUCACACAAAACCCCCAAAACAAAGUUUGACAGCAAAAUGGCCAUUGACGAGCAGGACCAGAAGACACUGGACAUUAUGAAAUCACACUUAUGUUCUUUUCACUUUAAGCCAAAUGCACUACAUUGACAUAUGCACCAGCUGAAACAUGGUUUAGCUUCAUGGCUCACAGUUAUGAUGUUAAAUUGGUGACUAGUUAAAAUGUUAAUAAAUCAAGGGACAUGUUUUUGACAAAGGGAACUUUUUCCUUUUUACAUUAUCAGUCAAGAAAAAAACAAGUUCUUUCUGUGGAACGCGAGGCAAGGUAGUACUUGGGGGAAAUGGUAAUGGGCAAAUUAACAUAUUUAAUCCCAAAAAA